ACCUUUCCCUCGGCGGGGUUUGACAGCCGCGUCCCUUCGCCGUUUACUCAGAAGUAUGUCUCACUGAAGUUCAGCGAGUACAGGAUCGUGAGCACAGCGAGCUGCAGUUAAUAGUUUUCUCGCGGAGCGAAAGGCAGCGAAGCCAGCGCGCGGUAGCUCGGCUGGGAAAGGGUUAACGGCCAGCGCCGGUCCGGGACCCCCAACUCGCGCCCAGAUCGCUUUGCCUGGAAAAAAUUAACAACUUCUUCGGGCUGCCGCGAGAGCCAAUCAGGCGGCUCCCGGGGCAGAGCCCUGCCCAAUGGGAAAGGCCGGCCCGGGAGCUGUCACUCACGGGAGAGGAAUGACAGCUGGGCUCGCCUGAAAAAGGCCGAGGAGGGGAGAGGAAAGAAGCAGAGGUGGAGGGGGAACGACGGGGAGGGCCUGCCGAGGGGGGACCGGAGCUGGAGGAGCCGCGCCGAGCGGGCGCGAGCGCCCCAGGCAGACCCGACGCCUGCCGCGCUCUUUAUGGGAAGACUGCGCAGGACGCCCCGGGGCCCCGACGGCGCCGCCGCUGCUGCUGCAGCCCGAGGAGAGGCGAUGCGCUCGGCGAGCUGAAGGGAGGCUUCCCGCUGGAGAAGGAGCCCUAGGAGCGGGCGAGGGGCGGGGGCCGGAGACCGAUGGCGGUGCGCAGCAGCAGCACCCCUGCCCCGACGCCCUUCUCCAUCCAGGCCAUCCUCAACAAAAAGGAAGAGCGGAGUGCGCGGGGCUUCCUGCAAGGCCGACUGCAGCCGCCGCCGCCCGCAGGGGGCGCCUCCGCCAGCCCCGACGUGGCGCCCGCCUGCUGCUGGAGGCUCUUCGGCGACGAAGCCGCGGCGCUGGCCGCAGCGCUGCAGCAGCACCAGCCUGCCUCCGCCUUGGCCCCCGCGGUUUCCAGGGCUCCCGGACUCGCCGUCUGGGAUUCCGACUCGGUCCUGAGCGAGGAGCAAGAGGGCGACAAGGAGGAGGACGACGACGACGAAGAGGACGACGACGAGGACGGCAGCAAAUCGCCCGCGGCCUCCCGGAGGCCACGAGAAGGGCAGUCCUCUGGUUCCGGCGCCCGAUCGCUGUCGGAGGGCUCGGGCAGGGAGCCGCCGGGACAGGAGCUCCAGGAACGGUCCCCGGAGGGUCUCAGCGACACUGAGCUCUCAGCCCGAAUCUCAGAUCGCAGCCACCCUGACGACCUCGAGGAAGAGCAGAGCAACAGCAGAGGUGGCGGUAAGAGCUCCAAGGCCCCGUCGGAGGAAGACGAGGCGUCGGCGGCGGCAGCAGCUGGGUCCGGCUCGGCCCCGAUGGCCGCUUCGACGGCAGCUCCGAAGCCGCGAAAGAAGCGCUCCCGGGCGGCGUUUUCCCACGCGCAAGUCUUCGAGCUGGAGCGACGCUUCAACCACCAGCGCUACCUGUCCGGGCCCGAGCGCGCCGACCUGGCCGCGUCGCUCAAGCUCACCGAGACGCAGGUGAAGAUCUGGUUCCAGAACCGGCGCUACAAGACCAAGCGGCGCCAGCUGGCCGCGGAUCUGCUGUCCUCGGCGCCGGCCGCCAAGAAAGUGGCUGUCAAGGUGCUAGUCCGCGAUGACCAGAGGCAGUAUCACCCGGGCGAGGUCCUCCGGCCGCCGCCCCUCCUCUCCCUCCAGCCAUCCUACUAUUACCCCUAUUAUUGCCUACCGGGCUGGGCUCUCUCCGCCUGCGCCGCGGCCGCCGGGGCCACGCAGUGACUCCCUGCCCUCGAUCCAGGCUGGAUUAAGAGCCGUGGCUUCGGACUAAGGCAAAUGGACGAGACCGGGAGGGCGGGUGGGCAGGCGGGGGGCGGGGAGCAGGGGCAGAGGAGAACUGCACCCUGACCCGCUGCCUCUGAACCCCAAAGAACACCGUUAUUUCAUCUGCCCCUCCCCCAUGUCUGUUGGUCUUCCAGCGAAACUCCAGUGGAGGCUUCCCGACGGGGCUGGGUGAAUGUAAGGCAGCCUCCGCUCCACGCUUCUCUUUCUUCGAGGCGGCAAAAGGGUGAGGUUUUACCCAACACUCACCCCAGAAGAGCGCAAAUAAAUCCAAACCUAUUUUAUGCCUCGGCGCAACCCCGCCGGAAGUUCUCCGGCGCGAACUGGCCCCCUUGGGCAACGGAGGAGCCGCCGCCUGUGAGUCCCCGCUGCCCAUUCACUUCCAUGGGCCUUGCGCUGGGUAACUUCCCGCUGGAUCGCGCCCGGUUUCUUCGAGGCGAUGAUGGGGAGGAUUUGGGAGAGUUGAUAUUUUAGCACUUUGCGGUUGUAUUAAAUUGUUGUUGUUAUUAUGAUAAUUAUUUUUAUAUUCAAUGUGAAUAUUUUAGUCGGGCCUGAGGGAGUGGGGUGGGAACCCUCUAAAGGGAGUUUCAAUACUAUUCAGUGUCUUCUCUGUCUCUUCGCUGUCUCAGUUUCCCAGCAAACCUCGCUGUCAUUCUCUCUGGUGGACGCCUGCAUAUUUGUGAAUAUUUGUUUGUUAAUCAGUUCCCCUGUACCUAUUCUUUUUUUAAUUUAUAAAGUUCAGUUUAACUCCUGA